CGUGUGUACGAGUCUACAGUAAUACGUGAACGUGAACUAGAAGUGCUCUUUGGAUGUCUAAAGACGGGGUCAUAAAGCUCAAGUUUUUGACAUAAGUUGUUGUCGGAAAGUUGUGCUUCAUCUGUGCACAAGAAGAAGCAUCCUCCUUUGGCAACUGUGCCUUUGAUACACAGUACUCGAGUGAAUUCAAACUUCAAAGCGAUGUGGAAUCCUACAAUGGCCAGUUUUGCAAGUCUAUCCCGUGCUGUGAGUGCAAGCACAACAGCAACACACCUAAAGACUCUGCUCAAUCCUGAAAUCAGCUUCUUACAACAGUCUCGACUACUGUUCAGUUACCUGUCACAUCGGAAUAGCCAAGCACCGACAACAACCAGGACUGGCAACAAUGAUGGACACCUUCAAAGGUUGUCCACUCAUAACCUUAUUGCAAAUAGUAUGUCUUCCCUGAGGUCCGUAUCAACGACUGCAGGGUGUAAGAAGUCGGCGACGUCGAGAGCGGAGCUGAAGAGCAGCAAAAGGAUAGUCCUGAAGCUAGGUAGUGCUGUGAUCACAAGAGACGAUGAGUGUGGGUUGGCCCUAGGUAGGCUGGCUUCCAUCGUAGAACAGGUUUCAGAGCUCCAAUCUUCAGGCAGACAGGUCGUACUGGUCACCAGUGGAGCUGUGGCAUUCGGGAAGCAGAGGCUACGCCAUGAAGUCAUGCUGUCAAAGAGCAUCAAACAAACUCUUGCCCCAAAUUCUUCUAGCAUUAUUCAGAUGGACUCAAGAGCCUGUGCUGCUGCUGGCCAGAGUGGUUUGAUGUCUCUAUACGAAGCUAUGUUCUCACAGUAUGGGCUCACUACUGCUCAGGUACUGGUGACCAAGCCAGACUUCUACCACGACUACACCCGCAGCAACCUCCGGGGCACCAUGCAGGAGCUGCUGCGGAUGAACAUCAUCCCCAUCAUCAACUCCAACGAUGCGGUGGUCCCACCCCCAGAGGAGGACAAGGACUUGGCCGGGGUAAGAACAGGGGUCAUUAGUAUCAAGGACAAUGACAGCCUUGCAGCCCGUCUUGCCAUCGAGAUCAAUGCUGAUCUACUCGUCCUGCUUUCCGAUGUCGACGGCAUCUUCUCCGCUCCUCCUGGCCAAGAGGGGGCGUCCUUCCUAGAUACGGUCUACCCUGGAGACACAGCUUUCAUCGAGUUUAAAGGGACUUCUCGUGUUGGGCUUGGCGGUAUGGAAUCAAAGGUCAAAGCAGCCAACUGGGCGCUGGAGCGCGGCUGCUCCGUCGUGAUCGGCAACGGCAUGAACAGGGACGACAUCGUCCUGAACAUCCUCAACGGGCGGAAGGUGGGCACCUUCUUCACGGAGACCAAACCCACAGGCGUGUCCCCGGAGAUGCAGGCUAUAAAAGCCAGAGACGGUGGCAGGCUACUCCAGGCACUCACUUCCGAACAGAGAGCUGAGGUAAUAAUACGUCUAGCUGACCUCUUGAUUGAAAGGUCAUCAACCAUCAUGGCGGCUAACAGGAGGGACAUUGAUGAGGCUAGGCUAAGUAAUAUGACUGGACCUAACCUGUCCAGACUAGCGCUGACCGAUGCCAAGCUGAAGAGCCUGUCCGACGGUCUGAGGCAGAUUGCGGCCACCUCUCACAAGAAUGUUGGCCGAGAGAUCAAGAGGACAUUGCUGUCCGAUGGCAUGUUGCUGCGACAGGUCACCGUGCCGAUCGGAGUGCUCAUGGUUAUCUUCGAGUCCAGGCCAGACUGUCUGCCGCAGGUAGCAGCACUGGCCAUCAGCAGUGCCAAUGGUCUACUCCUGAAGGGAGGCAAGGAAGCAAGUUAUAGUAAUGAGGUGCUACACUCUCUAGUAGAAGAAGCCCUGGAGAUGCAUGAUGCCAAAGAUGCUGUAGCACUGAUCAGUACCAGAGAGCAGGUCGGUGACUUGCUGAAGAUGUCCGACGACAUUGACCUGGUCAUUCCACGAGGUUCCAAGGAGAUGGUUCAGCUCAUUCAGCAGCAGAGUGAGGGUAUCCCAGUCCUCGGACACAGCGAGGGAAUCUGUCAUGUCUACAUCGACGAGGAGGCGGAUCUCGACAUGGCCCUGAAGAUUAUCCGCGAUUCUAAGUGCGAUUACCCAGCCGCCUGCAACGCAAUGGAGACGCUACUCAUCCACAAGAAGUUCAGACAUACUCAAGUCUUUGAAGAUAUCCUCGAUAUGCUGAGAGCAGAAAAUGUCAAAUUCAACCCAGGCCCUCGCCUGGCCCGAUCCCUCAAGUUUGGACCUCGGGAGGCAGACUCGAUGAGCAUCGAGUACGGUGGCUUGGAGUGCGCAGUAGAAAUAGUUGACGACGUCACAGGUGCAAUCAACCAUGUCCAUAAACAUGGCAGCUCCCAUACUGAUGUGAUUGUUACAAAUAAUGAAGAGACAGCGGAUGAAUUCAUGAAGAACGUGGACAGUGCCUGUGUCUUCCACAAUGCCAGCACUCGUUUCUCUGAUGGAUACCGAUUUGGAUUGGGAGCUGAAGUCGGUAUCAGCACCACCAGGAUCCACGCCAGGGGACCGGUCGGGGUGGAGGGUCUCCUCACCACCAAGUGGAUCCUUGAAGGGUCCGGAGACACCGUGCAGGAGUACGCAGCAGGAGGGAGUAAGAUGUUCGUACACCAGGAGCUGGAGGUAGAGAAUGGGGAGGAUGUCCUGGAGUCUUCAGCAGCAUAGAGGUACAGUGAAACCUGUCUAUAAAGACCGAGGGAGACGAGAGAAGUGGUCUUUAUAGGCUUGU